ACAAGGGCGCGUCAAUUUCGUGGUUUUCUUCUGCCUCGGAGAGGAGACUUGUCUGGUAGCUGCAAAGAGUGCAUCAUGGCUGGGCCACUGAGAUGGCUCCAGAAGAUGCCUCCCCUCCUUCGUUACUCUGCCCUGGGGGUUGUGAGGUCAUCACAGCAAGCUCCUCAAAAUGUGCGGGGUCCUGUGUUGAAUGACUGCAGCCAAAGCAGGGCCUGGCAGAUGCUGCAGGCCAGACAUCUUGCUGCCAAAAAAGCCAAAGUGAAAGGAAAAGGCCAGGCUCGAGUGAACAUCAAUGCUGCUUUAGUGGAGGACAUCAUCGACUUAGAAGACGUUAACGAGGAAAUGCAAGCAGUGGUUGAAGCUCUGAAGGAGGAUUUUGGGAAAAAUGUGAACAUAAGAACCAGCCCAGGGGCUCUUGAUCACGUCAUUGUUACAACCAAAGAUGGGAAGUUUCCUUUAAACCAGCUUGGGCAGGUGUCCCUGAAGUCUCCCCAGCUCAUCCUUGUCAACAUGAGCAACUUCCCAGAAAGCGCAGCUGCAGCUAUCAAGGGCAUCCGAGAAAGUGGAAUGGACCUGAACCCGGAAGCCGAUGGGCCGAUAAUUCGAGUGCCCAUUCCUAAAGUCACCCGGGAACACAGGGAGAAGUUGGCCACACUUGCCAAACAGCUCACAAACAAGGCCAAGGAGUCCCUGCGGAGAGUCCGUGUCAAGGCAGUCAACCAGACCAAGAAGGCCAAAAGCACCGUGUCAGAGGACACCAUCAGGUUGAUCGAGAAACAGAUCCAGCAAAUGACGGACGACACAUCAGCUGAGAUGGACAAGCUGCUGGCGGCAAAGACCAAGGAGCUGCUCGGGUAGCCCAUGCCAUGAGGGUGGGUGAUUGGGAGCCAGGAAGAGCCACAGACUUCCUCCUCCGCUGCUGGACUGUCGCAGCCACUCAAGCGUGUUUUUGAGCCCCAAGCAGCUGACUUGCCCUUCCAUCCGAACCGAGUGAAACCCCAGGGAUCAAGGCUUGACAUUGGGGGAGCUUCUGUCCUCCCCUCCCAGCUUUGGCAUCAGACAGUGACUCUCAAAGGUGGCUUAUAUCCUGUUCAGAACCGAACACUAAUCUUGGCCACCGCCUGCAGUCCCAGGAGCUGCUAUGUCCUGGUGAAAAGGACCUUUUCCACCACACCACCAGUGGAGUUAUGGUGAAGUGCAGCUACGCAGAAACCAGAUAUUGGAUGGGGGGAAUAUUUAGUCUUGCCUAGUGGAGGCUCAGACUUAACAGUGCUCGUAGCGACAGUGAGGCUGCCUCAGCUGUUGGCCCCUUCUGGAGUCUCUGCCAGCUCCUCUCCGCCUUGCUUGCAACUCCUCCUGGAGCCCGUGCUAGGGGAAGGAGGCAGCAAAGUUCACUGGCUGCUAUAUGAACCUGUCAAGGAUGUCGUAUGCGGAAUAAAGUCUUACGGGGGCUUUGAAGCCUCAGGAUGCCCCAGUGACUGCCCUGGAUCUUUUGGGAAAUGUCACACCCAGAGAAACGAGUUCAAGCGUGGAGGAGUCAGUGUGACCCCACUGAACUUGGGUCAUCGCUUGUCUUGUGAACGUACUAGCAAACGUUUUCUCUUGGCUGCCCAUGCCUCCUAUGAUCCUGUGGUCCAUCAGGCCCUGAUGCCAUUCUUCAUUAGAAAUAAGGUGCGAGGGAAUAUGAAUAAGCCGUGAAUUAACAGAAGGGCAAAGCAUAGUACUGGGUGCAGAAGUAACCUUCCUGUGACUCUCGACUUCCAUUUUAAAGAGCAGUUGCUAGUCCUUAUUGGUAUACAGUUAUGCAGGAAAGU